GGGAGAGGUUAGAAGAGGGAUCAAAGCUCCGGAUGCCAAAGGAUCUUGGGGAAGGGGUUGAAAAUUGAAAGUGGGGGUCAUCACGUGCCGAAAUCUCGCCUCUCAAUUGGUCGAAAUCGAGCGUGUUCCCUUCUAUCCCUUGUGACCUGGAGAGAACUCUCCUCGCGUUGUUCGACCGUUUGCUCAGAAUAGUUCCAGAUGUGGCCAUGUUUAGUUAACUUUCAAGUUCCGCUAAUUCAUUCAACAAUUUUUAUAAUUACUGCUGACAUUGUAAAUCCGCUCUACCUGCCGAUCGUACUCAUCGCUCUACCUGUGGCAUUGAUCGCCCAUGUAUCAAUCUGAUCACCGAAAAAAACAACAACGCAAAAGCACUGAUUUUACCACCUACAAAAUUUACGACACACGAGACACUCCGCGGCAAGCUCGCUAUUAACUUUUUUUGAUAAAAGCCAAAAACGUGCGUUUAUUUCACGAGUUAACGACGGAUCAAUAGCGAGCCAUUUUUUUUGCUAGACUCUCUCUCUUUUUUAAAAGUCCGGGGAAAAAAUUCAAGUUUUGCAGCUCUGAAGAUAUUUUUUCUUGUGGAAUUUGAAAGCUGACGCAUAAACACACAUACGCACACGAACAAGUUUUGUUUCGUGGGCGUCACACAUACACAUACACACUGCAUGUACUAACCUUACCUUCACACACACACGAACACAAAUACAUAGCUUAAAAUAGACGCCAUUUUCUUCGUAAGACUGUCGACAAUCCUACAGACUAACGCUCUUUCUUUUACAUACUCGCAUUGAUUUACACAGAUACAUUUAUUGCAAAGAUAAACCGGAUGUAUUCGGUAUUUGACACGUCAGCUCGCAUGACGCGUCGUUGAGAAAAAGGCUGCGCCAUUUUCCUAAAUUGACCAGCAGAAAGACAAGUGGAACAAUUUUCCGUACAUUUAGUGUAUUUUGCUUUCCAUUUUUCAUUUUUUUUUUUUUUGGGAAAAAGAGCCAGAGGCAACUUUUAAUGUUGUAAAAAAAGAGAGAGAGAGAGAAAGAAAUAGCUCGCAUUACCGUCGAAUAAAUAAUUCAAAAUAAUUAAAUGUAAUAAUUUUUAUUAGAAUUGACGCGUUUUUUGUGUAGAGCUAUAGAGCAUUUUUCAUGUCAGAGUCAGAUGAUUUCAAAAAUAAGAAAAAGCUGUCGAGUGUUGCUCCAAUCGAUCGAAUGAUCAUCAAACAGUUCGUAUAGUGGCACAUGGUAAAACUCGAUCGAUCUCCGAUCGGGAAACAAUGGCUCUAGAGAGUGUUUUCGCGGCCGAGACUCUAAUCCAAAGAACUCCGGACAAUGAUAAUGAUGACUUGGAAGACGGUGAGAUUCCUUCGGACGAAGAUGACGAAGAAGUUGUGCCGCUUCCAGCUCCAGCACCAACGCCGACACCAACACCAAAAUCCGAACCGGUGGUGUCUUCAAAAUCCUCAAAAAGCAAGGAGGAUUCCUCCUCAAAAAGCUCCUCGUCGAAAAGUUACGAUAGCAAAAGUAGCAAGAGCAAGAAGCAAUCUUCCCAAAGGUCGGGGAGUAACGAUAGGUCGAGCAAGUCCAGUAAAGGCCCAACGGAAGAUUGGGCUGGAGAUGUCGAGAAAGCCAUCAAGGCGGCUCUAGAUAAGGACAAACCCAAACACCAAGAGAGCAAUUCCAAAUCGAGCAGAAGUAGCAGGAGUAAAAGCAGAAAACGGACGAGAGACGAUAAGGAGGAGGAGCGAGCGAAGGAACAGAAAAGGAGAAAGGUCAGCGACGAAGAGAAUGGAAACGAGGACGAUGAUGAGAUGCUUUUCGUCCGGGGAGCUUCUCCCGUUCGGAAAGGAUCCCACGAGAAUUCCUCGCCCUUGAGGAGGAACAACGAUCAUGACAAUUAUGACAGCAGUUCGGACUACGACGACCGAUCGAGUUCGAAUCGUCACCGAGACAACGACAAUAAGCGUAAUUCCCGAGGUCGAAGAGGCGGGAAGAACGAGCGCGGCGGCGGAGGCAAGAGCAAAGGGCGAAGCCAGAACCGCAACGAGCGCAACGGCCGGAGGAACCAGAACCAGAACAACGACCACAAUCAAGAUCCCGACUCGAUUUGCAGCUACUACAUGCAGGGAAAGUGCCACCGGGGAGAUGACUGUCCGUACUCGCACAAUGCGCUGCCCCCGCGGAAGAUGGAGUUGUGUAAAUUUUAUCUCAUGGAUUGUUGUGCUAAAAGGGAUAAAUGUCUUUAUAUGCAUCAUGACUUUCCAUGCAAAUUCUUUCAUACAGGGUUAAAGUGCGGCCAAGGGGAGAACUGCAAGUUCUCUCAUCAGCCUCUCAACGAGCAGGUCAAGAACAUUCUACUCAAACAUUUGGAGACUGCGCCGAAAGAAAUUCUAGGCAACUUCCCAAGACUGAGCAGGGAUGGUGCUUUGACCAUGAUCAACAACACGGAGAAGAAUUUGGCCCAGGGUCAGGAGGGAAGUCAAAAAAUCCCCAGUCUCUUCGAAUUGAAUAUUGCGAAUCGUGAUGAAAAAGAAGAAGAAAAUUCGUGUACGAAAGAAGAACCUACGAGUGGGCAGCAAAAGUUGUCGACAGCCACAACGACCGCGACAACGACGACGACGACGACGACAGCAUCGAAAGAGAGAAAGUCGUCGGGGAAGAAGACUCGAUGGGGUUCCGACGAGGAUCGCGUCCCUUACGAACAAAUAAUGCUUAUGCAGUCCGUCAGUCAACUCGGAAUGCAAUUUCCCAAUGCCGCUUUAGAUUUAGCCGUUCAAGAUCAACGUCCGCAAAUUGAAAAUCCAAUUUCAAUGGACUUUUACAGUGAAAUAAGUGAAAAUGACGCCGCAAGCAAAUUGAAUUCCAAGGAAGAUUUCACGAAAGAUGUGGAAGAAGAUGAAAUUCGAGCACAGUCAAAGGGGAGAAAUUCUACAGUUUCGGAAACUCCAAAAGACGUGGAUUUGCGGCAAAUGCUCACGGCGCCGUCGAAACCUCGUGUAGUGAGUAUAGCAGACGAGAUAGCGAAUAUUACUCAGUCCAAAGUGGACGAGGACAGCGAGGAGGAGGAAUCCAAUUUGGUCAUAGAAAUGCCAAUGGAGGAAGAGGAGCACGAGAAGGAAAAGGACUUGAAGCAAACCGAAGAAGUUCCGGAACAAGUGGAGAGUGAAAAGCCCAGUUCGCCAAAAGCGCAAACGCAGGAGAUGCCGCCGAAUCUUCCAAAGAAGGCUCAAGAAUUGUUCAAAAGGAUACAGCAGCAGCAGCGCGAGGCUCAGGACAGCUUUAAAAAUCUCGAGAACGAAGACGAAGAAGACGCUGCCCGCCAAGACGACUGGUACUCCGACGACGAUGACGACAAGGACGAGGCUGGCAGCUUGACGAUCGACGUCAACAACGACGAGGACCAGGAAAUGGAAGAACCACCGAAAGUCGAAGAGAAGAGUCCUCCAGUUCCGAGCAUACCUCAGCCGGCGCCUUUUGUCGAUAAACUCGGCGACUUGAGUAAAAUCGACAUCAGCGCCGAAGUAUCGAAACUAUUGUCUUCCCUGAAGGCGAAGAGCAACGCCAGCCCGCCGGCGACGGUCAGUGCGGAGAGCGCCGAGGUCAAAGUCAAGAGCGAGGAGCCGACGGGCGCCAAAGAGCAGGACUCGAAGAACCAGAACGAGGGCGCGUCCUUCAGUCCCGCGUCGUCGCCAAUCUCGCAACCUUCCGCGCCCUCCAGAGAUCCGCGCAUGGCCCGCGACCCGAGAGAUCCCAGGGAUCCCAGGCAGCGCCGCGAGGAGCCCAAGGCCGCGCCGCCCGGCAAGCACGAGAUGAAGGACCCGCGCUCCCACCGGCUCGAGACCAGCAUCUACAGUUCGGGCAUCACCGCCAUGGACUCCCCGAUGGACACGGACCUCCGCACCCGCCCCGACCAGGACCACCGCCGCAAGGACAUGGACCUCCGGCAGUGCUUCUCCGACUUCGGCGACACGGACCUGCGCCUCGUCGGCGGCACCUUCAGCAGCUCCUCCGUCAAGUCCGACAUCGACCUGCGCCAAAUGCUCACUCUGCCCUUCAAGCCCGUCCCCGCGCACGUGCCUUGCACCGAGAUCGACGGCAGCAUCGGCUCGCACCCGCCCAUCGUCUACAAGGUCCACGUGAUCGACAUCCCCCGACCCGACUACACGGGCCUCAAGCUCAGCAAGAACGAUCCCCUCGUGAAAAUCGACCCUCGCCUCAAAAAGAUCUUCCGCAUUUCACUGAGCGACAUUGCCGACUCGCCAAUGUCGCCACCGCCAAUAAAAUUCGACACUCCAAAGUCACCGCCUCCGGUCCGCAUGGACCCCAGGCGCAAGGCUCUCGAAUCACAGACUUCCCAAGGAAUGAAUGCUUCCCUCCCUUCGCAUCACCAGGGCCUUCCGGAAAUGAACAUGAACAUGGGCCAGUACAUGCAGCCCAUGCCCAUGAUGAUGCCCAACGCGAUGAUGGGGCCCAUGAUGGGCGGUCCGAUGGGCUCCAACAUGCCCAUGAUGGGCCACAACAUGAACUCGAACAUGGGACCGAAUAUGGGUCCUAAUAUGGGACCAAACAUGGGACCGAAUAUGAAUCAAAACAUGGGACCGAAUAUGGGUCCAAACAUGGGGCCGAAUAUGGGUCCCAACAUGGGACCGAAUAUGAAUCAAAACAUGGGGCCGAAUAUGGGACCGAAUAUGGGCCCAAACAUGGGGCCGAAUAUGGGUCCAAACAUGGGUCAGAAUAUGGGACCGAAUAUGAAUCAAAACAUGGGGCCGAAUAUGGGUCAGAACAUGGGACCGAAUAUGGGUCCCAACAUGGGGCAGAACAUGGGUCCGAAUAUGGGGCCAAACAUGGGUCAGAAUAUGGGUCCCAACAUGGGACAGAAUCAAAUGAACUUCGAUCCGCGUUUCAAUGCGCAACGGAACAACGGCGUUGGCCUUUUGGGCCCGGGGCCCUUAGUGGGCUAUGGAAACGACAAUGGUCCGAACAACUUUGAUAACGGAGGCGGCUACUCGAAUGGGAAUUUCAAUAACUUCGGUCCCGGACCGGGUGAUCCGCGCAACUUUGGACCGAAUUCGGAUGGACCGAACUUUGGCAAUGGCGGCGAUUGGAACAAUUCGAAUCAGAAUCAAAACAGAAGGGGCGGACGAGUGCGGAGAAGAAAUCGAAAUAAAAAUGGGCCUUCAAUGAAUCGAUCACCAUCGUAGGGUUUAGAUCUUUUAUACGAACAAUGUUCCGUAGUGUUCGCAAUUAUUUUUACUGUUAUUUCGCAGGAGACGAAAAUAUUUUCUGGAUUUGUUAUUCUAACGACUCAGUUAUUAUUUUGCAUAAUAUAUUUAAUAGAAAAGAAAAAGGAAUUAAUAAUAAAUAAAUUAAUUAUAUAAUAAUUCUUCGAACACUAAAGUAAGCGAAUUAAUUAAUUAAAUAAUUUAUUAUUAAUUCUUCGAACACAAAAGGAGGCGAAUCGAGUGCGAAAGGGCGCUGUUUUUUUCGGGAAAAGUUUAGAUUUUUUGAAAAUUGAAUAAAUUUCAAUUUUGAAAUUGAAGGGGGAAAGUUUGAAUUUUUUGAAAAUUGAAGAAAUUUCAAUUUUGAAAUUGAAUUUUUACGAUUCACUUUUUAUUCAAUUGUGAAUUAUUUUGAUGAAGGAUAUUUAAAGUUUUUUUUAUUUUCCUCUAGAGAGUUUUAGCUGUGAUUUCUUAUAAUGAAGUGAAUAAUUGUGAAAUUCGAUUUUCUGUUUUAAAUAAAAAACUCAGCCCUAAUUUUUCUCGAGUUGCUGUGUUAAUUGUUGCGACAGUCUCGAGAAAUAAAUAAGUCAAUACUUUCUUAAAUUUAGAUCAUUUUUCAUGAUGAAAAUUGUUGUCAUAUAGUUGCAAUUAUUAUAUUAUUAUUAUUAUUAUAAUUACGUUAUAGAAUGUAUAUAAAAAUGUACAUUUAGGAGACGAUAGGAAAAGAAAAAUAUUUGAAGGAUAAAAAUGACGAUUCCUCCGGAUCAAGAAGUGCAUAAUUAGCAUAAUUAGUAAAUCGAAAUUUUCUAAAUUCGCUUCGACUUUAUUUUUUUACGUCUUCCGUGUACAUACAAUAAAUACAUAAAUUGCGUUUAAUUUAUAAGAUGUACAUACGUUAAAUAAUGCAAAAUAUAUUUGUCUACUUAUAAAGUCUGAUUUGAUAAAUAUAGAAGAGAAAAAAAAUUAUGGACUUGAGAUAUUGUUACUUCGACUACCUCUGUGAUAGAUCAAUAGUCCCGAAGGAAAAAAAAGUUGUUCUUAGGAUUCGUCGUUCGUUUCAAUAAUUUUUUUUACGCUUGUAAAAACUCGAAACUUAUUUAUUAUUCAUAUUAUGUUUACAAAUUACAUUUAAGAUAUUUUGGUUUUAUUUUAUUUUACUUUCUAUAUAUGAAAAUAAAUUAUUUAGUGUAAUAAUUGUAAAUUUCAAGGGAAUUCGAAAACAUUCCAAAGUUUAUUCACAAAUUUUUUUUGUGCAAUUUAAUCGGACUUAAAAAGUAAAUAAAUAAUUUACCUGAUUGUAGUUAAAGAAA